CCGGCACAUCCUAUGUUUUUUUGGCAACCUACGUUGUAGAGAAGCCUUGACGCCUUCGCAAUGGAGAGCUCACCGCUUUCCUUGGUACUUCACUGCUGCCGACAGCUACCGACGUUGCCGUGAUGGUUAGUGCCAUCCCACUUGUACCCUCCAAAUGGGUACGCGGUACUCACUACAGUGGUACUACUACCGUAGCUGUGUGCCCACCGCCUGCGCCUUCCCUUUUCCCGCAUGACAUCGCGCUGCCCGGCUUGUGAACUUGUCCCUUCGAUUCACGUCAGGUACGAGGCAUUAAGAGGCUAGCUUCACAGCAGGUAAGAUCGUCCUUUACGAUCGUCACGAUAUACCUAGGUAGUCACUUCAGCUCCGCUUGAACGAGAGCCCUAAAUCAGAUAUAUACUGCUUCCACUGCCCGCUCAAGCAUUCUUCUACGUGACUUCAAGUCUACAUACAAUCGAUCCCCCUUCAUACCUACAAUUGCAAAAGCGUUUUCAAAAAGGCCUCUUCCAUCCACGAAGCUGUUCGACACAUCAACCCUCUGAUACAGGAGACUCCAACAAGCAUUAGCUAGGAAAAAAGCACAAGCAUUUCGGAUUCCAGAAACCCCUGCCAUAAUGCACUUCCCAGCAGUGCUCACCGCCGCCCUCCUCUCCCUCGUUACUGCGACCCUGUCAUCACCUAUUCUCCAGAGUCGACAGACAAUCGACCCUCCCUCAAGAUACUAUCUCCAGACGCAAGUGGUCAACGCUUCACAUGAGGACACCGGCACCAAUAAGACCGGUUUGUGGUUAUACUCCUAUCAUACCGGUGCUGGGCUAGGGGACGCCGGACUGUCAUCCAACCAGUCGUGGGCAUGGGAAGGUUAUCUCAACGGCACUCAACAGCUUUUCACAUACGAAAACAAUGAGAUCGGUCCCUGGCCGCUGACUAUUGGUUAUGGAGGCUACCAACAAUGGAACCUGGUCACAAUCAGCAUUGCUUCAGCGCCUACUGAGGGCUUCUUCUUCAAUUCGUCCGGUCUUCAAUUCAACUCGAGCAGCUUUGGCGGCUGGCUAGCCUGCGAUUGGUGGCAUGGUGUACCUCAGUUGUUCCAGCUGAACAGCUACGAGUACGGCCCUGUGCCGAGCUCUUGCUCUCAAGUCGAGCUCUUGCCAGUUGCUGUGUAAGCUUAGGAGGAUUGGUCGGAACUGUAUUAGGAAAUCAUAGCCUGAGUGAUUAGGGUGCAUUGCGUGGCUGCAUUUGGGAGCAUAAUGAUUUCCAGUCAUUUUGCUAGCAAUAUAUUCUGUUAGAACAGAGGUCAAAAGAAUAUUUAAUCUAUGAUCCUUUACUCACCUGGAAAGAAGCAUUAUGGUUAGAACCGACCCUUUGGAUCCCAGCUCCUAGUCCACGGUAUCUACCAAGUAUCUAAGGUAUCAUUUUACCGCUGUUCUGUGC